GGUUCAUCGACGAAAGUCAUACGUUGGUUUUGGAGCAAGAAAAUGCAAGAUGAAUGUCAUUCCGUUUCUCCUUCUCCUUCUACAUUGAAGAUCCAAUUGGAGCGUCAGCGAGAGCAAACACAAGAAGUUCGUUGGCAGGAUCCGGAGGAUGUGACACAGUGUUCUGGGUGCAAGCGCCCCUUUGAGACUGGCAUGGUGAAACAGAAUUGUCGUCACUGCGGUGCUAUCUUCUGCUCAGCCUGUCUAGCUAGGGUGAUUCCUCCCUCUGGUACCCGUUCACGCCCCGCACACGUCUGUGACAUGUGUCACACCCUCCUGGUAAAGGACGCCGCCCCUAAGGACGCUUAUGAUGAAUAA